GGAGCGUCAUCGGAGGGUAGGCGGAAAAGCGGCGGUGUUUCUCGGGAUGAAAACCCGGGCGACCUCCCCCCCUCCUCCCUCUCUACGCAUUUGAAGCUCCAACACAGGCCGCACAACCGUAGAUUUACAAAACGCAGAAAUGGCCGUUCCUGUAGGUGCAGAUCUGCAGAUGGACAGCGGUGCACCGAGCGAGCCGGCGGUCUCGCCGGAGAACGAUAUCCACAUCGACGAAAAGGAGUUGGAAAACAUCACAAAGAACCACCGCGAAGACGCCACAACGCUGGCCCUGCACUCCCCCUGGACGUUUUGGCUUGACCGGUCAUUACCAGGGACGACAGCAGCAGAAUGUGAGUCCAGUUUGAAGAAGAUCUACACAGUGCAAACUGUCCAGACGUUCUGGAGCGUAUACAACAACAUCCCUCCAGUCACAGCCCUGCUUCUGAGAUGUAGCUAUCACUUAAUGCGUGGAGAAAGGAGGCCUCUGUGGGAGGAAGAGAGUAACGCUAAAGGGGGAGUAUGGAAGAUGAAAAUACCAAAAGAAAGCACUCCUGCAGUUUGGAAAGAAUUGUUACUUGCUACUAUUGGGGAGCAGUUUGCAGAUUACUGUGCCUCAGAUGAUGAGAUUGUGGGUGUCAGCGUAAGUGUCCGUGAUCGGGAAGAUGUUGUUCAAGUCUGGAAUGGGGAUGCUUCACUUGCUAGCGAAGCUAAUAUCCUGGGAAAAGUCUAUGAGCUACUCCCCCACAUAUCUUUUAAAGCAGUUUUUUAUAAAUCACACAAGGAACAUCAUGCUUUUGAAGGAGGACGUUCAAGACAUUAGUUUGUGAUGCACUUUUCCUCCCUUUUUUAUCAAACCAGAAUCAGAACUCUUCUUAGCUGGAUUUUAGGCUUUGUCCACAUCUUAAUCAAGAACAAUAUUUUGCAUUUAUUAAUGCAAUAUGAGCAAUAUAUUUUUAUAAAUUCAAACGACGGAUGCCUUUUUUCAGUUAGACAUUUACAUUAGCUCUGGAAUUCUGUAAGACCUAUGUCAGAUGGAUUUGAGUUUUGUCUGCAAGCUUGUCAGUCCUGACUUCCUGUACUGAGCUGCACAACUCCGCUGUCAAGGCCUUGUUUUCUGCACAGCAUAUGGACCUAACAGUUGAUCCCUGGUGUAGAAGUAGCAGUUACAUAACCUCACCACUUUUCAGAUACAUCUCAUAUUCCUUAAGAGAGCUAGCUUCGGAGAAGUUUUUAAUCAUUUGACCUGCUCAGUGCCAAAGCACUUUUUAUUUCUUUUCUUUUUCAGCAUUCGAGAAAAUUUGUAGCCUACUGAUGAAAAGUGUUUUGCUUGUAUGGACUAUGUCCCACUUGUAAGGAUGUGAUGAAUUCACUGUGUUUUGAUAACCGUUUUAUUUGUGUAUCCAGUUUAAAUCAGGACCACAUUUGGAGACAUAGACCACUGACUUUUCUAAACACACCAACUCUCCUUCAUGAAGUUAUCCUAGGUAUUAUUCUACAGCAUAUGUUCAGGAGACAAGAUGAUUGUAACGGACCUGUCGGCUUUGGUUUUCCAAACAUUUUUGCCUCAUUAAAUAUGAGAGUUGGAUGUUUUAUGAUCCACUCCAGUCAAUUCAUAUACUGGAAGUAAGACUAUUAUUUGCAUUAAUUAAGUCACACUGGCAAAUUCACUCAUUACCUUCAAGACAAAUGCUGUACUCUCACUUAAAUGUGUAGUACACAUGUACUUUCUUAUACCAGUACAUAUUGUUUGUUUGUCAUACUCUGUCCUUGUUGCCAUUUUAUAUAUAUACACACACACACACACACACACACACACACACACACACACACACACACACACACACACACACACACACACACGUGUACAAACACACACUGAUCAGCUAAAAACAUUAAAACCAACUGCCUAAUAUUGUGUAGGUCCCCCUCAUGCCACCAAAAUAGCUCUGACCAGCUAAAAAGAUUAAAACCAACUGCCUAAUAUUGUUUUGGUCCCCCUCAUGCCACCAAAAUAGCUCUGACCUGUCGAGGCAUGGACUCCACAAGACCUCUGAAGGUGUCCUGUGGUAUCUGGCACCAAGACGUUAGCAGCAGAUCCUUUAAGUUCUGUAAAUUGGCAAGGUGGGGCCUCCAAGGAUCAGACUUGUUUUUCCAGCACAUCCCACAGAUGCUUGAUGGGAUUAAGAUCUGGAGAAUUUGAGGCCAAGGCAACACCUUGAACUCUUUGUCAUGUUCCUCAAACCAUUCCUGAACAAUGCGUGCAGUGUGGCAGGGUGCAUUAUCCGAAAGAGGACACUGCCAUCAGAGAAUACUGUUGCCAUGAAGGGGUGUGCUUGGUUUGCAAUGAUGUUUAGGUAGAUGGUACAUGUCAAAGUAACAGCCACAUGAAUGCCGGGAUCCAAGGUUUCCCAGCAGAACAUUACCCAGAACAUCACACUGCCUCCGCCGGCUUGCCUUCUUCCCAUAGUGCAUCCUGGUGCCAUCUCUUCCCUAGGUAAAUGACACAAAUGCACCCAGCCGCCCACAUGAUGUAAAAGAAAACGUGUUUCAUCAGACCAGGUCACCUUCUUCUACUGCUCUAUGGUCCAGUUCUGACACUCGUGCCCAUCGUAGGUGCUUUCAGCAGUUGACGGGGUCAUCAUGGCCACUCUGACUGGUCUGCAGCUACACAGCCCCAUACACAGCAAGCUGUGAUGCACUGUGUUCUGACACCUGUCUAUCAUAGCCAGCAUUAACUUUUUCAGCAAUUUGAGCUACAGUAGCUCUUCUGUGGGAUCAGACCAGAUGAGCUAGCUAGCCUUUGUUCUCCAUAUGCAUCAAUGAGCCUUGGGUGCCCAUGACUCUGUCGCCAGUUCACCAGUUGUCCUUCCUUGGACCACUUUUGGUAGGUACUGACCACUACAUACUGGGAACAUCCCACACAAGACCUGUCAUUUUGUAGCUGCUCUGACCCAGUCAUCUAGCCAUCACAAUUUGGCCCUAGUCAAAAGUCGCCCAGAUACUUAAGCUUGCGCCCAUUUUUCCUGCUUCCAACACAUCAACUUCAAGAACUGACUUCACUUGCUGCCUAAUGUGUCCCACCCCUUGGCAGGUGCCAUUGUAACGAGAUAAUCAAAGUUAUUCGCUUAUCUGACAGUAGUUUUAAUGUUUUGGCUGAUCUGUGUGUGUGUGUGUGUGUGUGUGUGUGUGUGUGUGUGUGUGUGUGUGUGUGUGUGUAUAUAUAUAUAUAUAUAUAUAUAGUAGUGGCAAACAGCCAUUAGUCCAUUAGUAUAAGUUGCAGAUUUCAAGAAACAACUCAUUUUGUCAUAUUGUGUUUUAUAGCAUGUGAAAGACUGUUUCCUUUGAGCGCACCAGUAUGAUGAAAUUGAUAGAUAGCUGCCAAAGAAAGACUGCCCAAUUUCAAGAUCAGCUUGAUGCCACCUUGACUCCUCUUGAGUUACCUUUACACAGUGGUUGACAUGCUCUAACUGUUGUCUUCAAUUUAGGA